AUGUAUAUGCUCGCGCCCCUGUACCGGCCGUACUCCGUUGGGCAGGGUGCUGCUAUAGUGGGGACGUCUGUUGGCUUCUUAGAUGGCGGUGAUAGCUACUUUUAUGUGCACGUAUCUUCUGGAUACCUCCGUCUAUACUUGCUUAAUGAAGCGGGGCACAUCUCUCAGGUUGGAGAAAUCCCCAAGUGCGAAGUGUUCACUGUCCUCUCCCUAUCUGAUCCUGGCACCCCCCGGUGGUCACUGUUACAGACAGAUCCGGAGGCUACUAAGACAGGCACAGAGCCGUUCUGCAUAAUCCUUGCUGCAGCUGGCAAUAUCGUCUGUGUCUACACCGUAACAAUUGACAAAAACAACAAGAAAAAUCUUUGGGUUAAUGCAGUAGCAGAGCUGGCCCUUGUGGGCCCAGUAAGUUGUUUGGCCACUAAUGGAGCAGUCCUGGUAGCGUCUAUUGGGACUUUCAUCUGUGCGUAUGAGCUGGGCCCAUUGUUGGCUGGUGAUACUUCUGGGCUCCAGGCGCCUAUCAAGCUAAGCACAUCUAAUAUUGCAGAUCUGUCCUUUUGCAGGAAUCGGCCGACAGAGCUUUUAUUCAUUAACGCAGUGAGUGAGUUGGGCUUUCUGAAUCUCGACGCUUCCGGGCCUCAGCGGGAGGUGCUCUUUGGGAACUCUGAAGAUGUUUCUGAUGACAUAUUUAUUUUCGGAUCGGCGUAUCCGUUUCCGCUCGGUGUUGUUUAUUACUCCACCGAGUCUUUAUGCUUGACGACGGGGUCCAUGGGAAUGGCUCUGGCAGAUCCUGAAGAUGGAGCUAUCUUCUACCAGAACAUGGAUAUCCGUUCCCUUACUAAGUCGCAUGACUAUAUUCUUAGCGUGCACAAGGCAGAGGACUCUGUUUUUGUGACAUGCGGGAAGUUCAGUGGCUCCGUAACGGUGUUUAAGUUCUCCGACGGGGUUUUCACUAGACAUGCUGUUUUCUCGUUACCUAUUUCCAGCACGCAAGCAGAGCGAGGCACACGUCCAGAGUUAUCCCCGGCGGGAGUUACCAAUACUAAAGGCAGUGAUACCCCCAGCGGAGCAGACUCUGAUGAGCAGCAAGAAGCAGAUCUCUCCGUACGUUCCAUAGCAUGGGGCCAGAGGCGGGCCCUGCUUCUUGAUUGUACGAGCACAGUCACCGCUUACGAGCUUACUGGAGACGGCAGCCUCCUGCACAUGCACGCAUAG